AUGACUCUCAAUUUUUGUAUUCUCAUCUUAUCCCAGUUUUUGAAUUUAUGCUAUUGCCAAAUUUUUCAAGAAAUUCCGCUCGGAAUGGGUUUGGGAAUGGGAAUGCCGAUGGGAAUGCCUAUGAUGAUGCCGAUGCACCAUCAGCUUGUUGGAAAUCCAUACGACCAGGGAUUAGAAAUUGAAUACUCUCCAAUCACUCAACUGGUUUCGUCUGUUGCCCAUUUAUUUGAAAUGCAUCAGAAAAGUAAAGAAAGAGAAGAUGAGCAUGGAAUCACCUCUGAUCAUCAUUCUUCUUCUCCUCAAGGGCCGAUGUUUCCCGAACUUUCCCAGCUGCAGACCUCAAUGAGGGGGGGACCGGGACUAGGAAACCAGAGUCCCUUGGAGAUGAUACACAGUCGUCCUAAAUUCAACCUCAUUCCUUAUAGCCAUGGAAUUAGACCAUCGGAGUUGUCAGCUACUUCAAAAUUGAUUAAUUCGAUACCUCCUGACAACGUACCACCAGUAAUGUGGCGAAUCGGAGAUUUAAUUGGAAAACAAGGAGAAUCAAAAGAAAAAGAACAUUUGUACGAUAUGACGAAAAUCAAAGGAUUCCCUAUAUUGAAGAGCUCCGAAGGUGACGUCCUCUAUAGUGAUGAAGGAACGAAAAACAAAACAAAUAAUACAUCAUGGACAAUAAUGGAAAUUGCAAGAAAGAUGUUAGGUGUCGAUGAAAUUCCAACUGCUCGAGAAGGGAAUGCAAUUGCUCAGUUGCUAGAAGAACUUCAAAAAGAGAAAAGUCCAAAAAACUUUUGA